AUGCAGAAAUUCAGCUGUCCUGAGCACUUCAUCCACAUGAUACAUCAACUCCAAGCUGGAAUGAUGGCGCCUGUCACGAAAUAUGGGACAGUUCCUGAAGCCUUCGCAGUGACCAAUGGAAGGAAUCAGGGCUGUGUCCUCAUGCCUACUCUCCGCAGUCUCAUGUUCUUUGCCAUGCUGAUGGAUGCCUACCGUGACGCGUAUCCCGGGAUCCGCAUCAGCUAG